UACCUAUCAUAUAUGGGAUAUUUCGCAGAACGUUAUAUUUACAACACCGUUAAAUCGCUUUGUUUACGUUUUCAGCGCCUAGCUUAAUUUUUGGGAGCCGAUAAAAAUCGGUUUACAUCACACUACUUACGAUGGCAAGUUUAAUGGCCAAGCCAAAGAGUGAGAUGACUCCAGAGGAGUUGUCACAGAGAGAACAGGAGGAGUUUAAUACAGGACCUUUGUCUGUACUGACACAGUCUGUGAAAAACAACACACAGGUCCUCAUCAAUUGUAGAAACAACAAAAAAUUACUUGGCAGGGUGAAAGCUUUUGACAGGCAUUGCAAUAUGGUGUUAGAGAAUGUGAAAGAGAUGUGGACAGAAGUACCUAAGACUGGAAAGGGAAAGAAGAAGUCCAAACCAGUGAACAAAGACAGAUUCAUCUCCAAAAUGUUCCUCCGUGGCGACUCUGUUAUUCUUGUCCUCAGAAAUCCACUUGCCACUGCUAAGUGAAGAAAUUAAGACUCUACAUGUUGUGGUUCAGUUUUUAAUCUAAAGGGAUAACGAAGAACUGGAAAACUUUGAAAGGGAUGUCACAUUAUAUGUUGUAAACUUAAGAAACUUAAGAAACAAAACAAAGGCUUGAUAGUGAUUCAAAUAGUUAAUGAACAACAGGAAAAGAAAUGUAGCUUUUUUCAGCAUUAAAAUUCAGUAAUGAAAAUUAACUAUUAAAUGGAUGUAAAAAUUAGUUCUUUUUUAAAGGUAAUUUCAAUCUGAAAGUAAAGGAUAUUUAAAAGAAACAAAUCCAUUUCUGUGAGCUUAUUAUCAGCAUGUCAGGUGAUUUUUACUGCAGACAAGCUAGAAUUGAAGUGUCUGGCAUCCAGAAAUGCUAAAAAGAAUGCUAAAAAGCAAAUCAUGUUAACUCAUUCCUCGUUUUUUUUUUAUCACAAAUCAUUAAGAUGUAAAUAAAUUGUCAUUGUAACAGUGUUAA